CGUUUAUGCCGCCACCAUUAAGCUGGGCAUGAGGUUCCCUCCAAAUCCAUUUGUUGUGGAGGUGCUAGAUGGGUUCAACAUUGGGGUGGCUCAACUGACCCCAAAUUCCUGGGCGGACAUAUUCGGCUAUAUUGCCAAAUGCGCGCUGAACAAUGUGCAGCCGUCUUUCAAUGCUUUCUUGCAUUUGGUUUCUAUCUCCCGUUCUCCUAAGGCCGCCUAGGGGUGGUUUAACCUAAGCAGCCGAGGCAGCUACCAAACUGUGGUGGAUAAGCUCAACAAAUGGCAUAAGUGGAGGAAGAGAUGGGUCGUGUUUCAUACUGACGGCGAGGAGAUGUAUGAUAGAAUGAGCCGCUGGAGUCGCACGGAAAAUUACAUGGAGCAUGACGAGGCUCUCCCGCCCCUCACCGCGGAUGAGUGGGAUCACAUAAUGGUGUUGUUUAAGGCCAACACCUACCAUCUGACUGCUGAUAAGAUAUUUCAUGUGCCGGCCGAGUGGUUACCGCACAUAAGCCAAUUACGGGAUGAAGCGUUUUUGGCUGAUGUGGGUUUAGGGUAUUCCAUGACCCAAGGUAGAAUGUUAGGUUAUAUGCCAUCUGACUUUGUUCCAUUCUUUCUCUAACCAUUACUCCUUUUUGUGUGCAGAAGAAGGAAUGAGUAAGCUGUCUGAAGCAGAUAAAGGCAAAGGCGAUAUGACUGACUGGAUGGCCGACAUCUACGAGGCCAAAAUGAAGAAGGCCAAGGCCAAGUUGGAGGAGAAGUUGUUCUGCCGCAUGGAGUUUUGCAAGAGUUGGAAGACCAACACGGCUGAGGAGCUCAAAACUCAGGUGGAUGUGUCCGUUCAUCAUGGUGAUUAUGCUUUCAAGUCAAUUGAGGAGGUCCGCUUGGAAAUGCAGACGACCAUAGAUCUUCAGGCGAAGGAGUUGGCAUCGUUAAAAUCCAACAAGGUGGAGCUGCUGAAAAGGAUCUUGAAGCAGGACAAGGACAUAAUGGAGAUGGUGGAGGAAGGCAAGAAGGCCGCGGCGGAAAUACAGACGCUCCAAGAACAACUUCAAGAGUACCCUCAAGUCAAGGAAGCAGCCGGACAUGCUGAGUGGCUUAAGGGAGAGCUGGAAACUGCUAGGUCGCAGGUUCCCACCUUGAGAGAGCGUCUCCACGAGUCCUAUGACCAAGGGGAGCAGGCUGUGAAGGAUGCCGUCAAGCAUGCCUUGGAGAACCACAUGGAGGAGCAUGACCCCGCGUGGUUUCAGCGGUGUUUAGAGCACAGUGCUGCUGUGUUGGCUGCUGAGCGUCUCGGGCAGCCGCCCCGGGAGUUUGCUACCUCCUGCUUUUAUAAAAAAUCUUUUUUAAUGUUCUUAUGCCUGAGGGCAAAAACAAUUUCUAUCUCUGUAUUUUGCGCCGCUGGCGUGUGUACUAUUGUGCCUGCUGAGCACACAACAAUUUCAUUUUCUUUUCCUACUUUUGCACGCCUAACUAUGGCCGUUGUUUUAUGAGUAGGGUUGUUCGUUGCUUCUUUAUCUCGUGUUUAUGUGUUUUUCGCACUUUGGUUUCUCUUAUCAACGAUGCUUCCAAUCAAUAGGUAUGGUCGUCAGUUCAUCUGACGAUCAUGUCUAAAGUGAA